AUGUUUCAAAUAAACAGAUUUAUAGAGUCUAUCAAAUUCUUAAUCGAAGCUUGCUGAAAUAAAAUUCAGAAGCGAAUUUCCAUUAAACUCAGCAUAAUCAAGCAUCAAAUGCUAAAAACACAUAUAAAAGCUCAUAAGCCAUCUUAUUACCUUAAAAUACAGUUUUUAUUCUUAAUACUAAAAUGGUUGACAAAAUUUCAAAAUGAUUUUGCACCAGAAGCCUAA